CGGUGCUCGGAUGUCUCCCGCUUGUGGAUCCACAAAAAAAGUGCAAGUUCUAAUUAACUAAAAAAAAAAUUAGCAAUAAUUAACUCGAAAGCGGAUAUCGAGCGAGUGGAAAAAUUUAAAUCACUUCAAUUUUGUGCACCAUGAAACGCCACAGCAAUGCCGAGGACUCUGAACCCAUAGUAUCAACAUCGCGACAAGCUGCGCCCAGUAUUCAAUCGGCUGAUAAUUAUUCAAAUGGCUCCACAAUGCGACAGGAGCAGGAGAAACGUGAAAUCGCUGGCGAGGAUCAGGAUGAUUUGGGAUAUACGUACACAUUGAUGUAUGGCCGAUACUCGAGGGAUCUGCAACAAUUCGCAGGCGACGAAGCUCGAAGAUUACGAAAACUCGCCAAGUUACGCAAACAGGAGGACAAACUCAGGAGCCAGCUGCUAGAAUUGGAAAACAAUGAGCCCACUCGAAUGCAAGGUUACUAUGCUUGGCUCUGGCAAAAAAUCGCCGAUCGCAUGAGCAAGGAUUGGAUCUUCCUCACCAUUUGUGGCAUCAUUAUGGCUCUCAUUGCCUAUCUUAUGGACGAAGGCAUACGCCUUCUGAUUGAACUUCGUUUCUGGUUCUACAAGGGCAUCACUGCCGAUCCUUUCGGACAGUAUUUUGGUUGGGUUCUGGUGCCAGUUGUGAUGAUGGUUUUCACAGCAUUCUUUGUGCAUCUUAUAUCUCCCCAAGCAGCAGGCUCUGGCAUUCCCGAAAUGAAGACCAUUCUGCGGGGCGUUACACUGAAGAACUAUUUGUCAUUCAAGACCUUGGUGGCCAAGGUUCUUGGCCUCACAGUUGUCUUGGGCAGUGGCAUGCCCUUGGGUAAGGAGGGUCCCUAUGUACAUAUCGCCAGCAUUGUGGCGAACUUGCUGAGCAAGAUGGCGACUCCAUUCCGCAGCAUUUAUCAGAAUGAAUCUCGUAGCAAUGAAAUGCUGGCAGCUGCCUGUGCCUUGGGUUUGGGCACAUGCUUUGCAGCUCCAAUUGGAGCUGUUUUGUUCAGCAUUGAAGUGACCACCACCUAUUUUGCUGUUCGCAAUUACUGGCGUGGCUUCUUUGGCUGUGUGAUAGGCGCCUCAGCAGUGCGACUUUUAUCCGUUUGGUUCCAGGGAGCUGACACUGUCCACGCCGUGUAUCCUACGAAUAUAGCCACUGAGUUUCCGUUCGAUUCCAGAGAAUUGGUAUUCUUCGCAUUGACUGGCGCUCUCUGUGGUCUGCUUGGUGCUUCAUUUGUGUGGAUUCAUCGUCACUAUGUGUUGUUCAUUCGCUCCAGCAAAGCGCUGAAUAAGUUUCUGCAAAAGAAUCGUUUGCUAUAUCCCGCCAUAAUAACCUUGCUUAUCUCGACACUCACCUUCCCCUUGGGCACGGGACAAUUCCUAGGCGGCGAUCUUGAGACUGAGAAGCAACUGACGCAUCUCUUCAGUAACUUUACCUGGACAAGCACGGAUCUGAAUACGGAACAGUCAGAGAUAGUGUCGCACUGGACAACAAAAUAUACGAGUGUCUUUGGCAAUCUCAUCUGCUAUACGCUCUUCCAUUUCUUCUUUUCGAUUAUUGGCUCCACGAUGGCUGUGCCACAUGGAAUGUUCAUUCCCGCUCUGAAGAUUGGCAGCGGUUUUGGUCGCUUGAUGGGUGAAUUCGUUGCCUGGCUAUUUCCCCUUGGCGUUCGCUAUGGCGACUGCAUGUCACCCAUUAUGCCGGCUGCCUAUGCGCUUGUGGGUGCCGCAGCAUUUUCUGGUUCCGUGACUCACUCCAUUUCCGUUGCCGUUGUGGUCUUUGAGAUCUCGGGACAGAUUGCCUUUGUGGUUCCUGUGCUGGUUGCAGUGCUGGUGGCCAAUGCGGUGGCUUCGCUGUUACAGCCAUCCAUGUACGAGAGCGUCAUCCAGAUUAAGAAGCUUCCCUAUUUGCCCGAUCUGCUCUACACAAACUCCAACUUGUACAAGAAGUGCGUUGAGGAUUUCAUGGUGAGGGAUGUCAAGUACAUUUGGCAAGGCAUCUCCUAUCAGAAGCUCAAGGAAGUGCUCAGGAAGAACAAGAAACUGCGAUCGCUCCCCUUGGUGGAGAGUCCCGAGAACCUCAUACUGUUGGGUUCAGUGCAGCGCAUGGAACUGGCUAAGUUGAUUGAGCAGCAAAUUGGACGUGAGAAGCGUAUGCAGACAGCUGAACGAUGGCGCGAGGAGGAGCUGAAGGAGCAGGCAGCUGUUCGACGUCCUUCGCGCUUCGAGGUGAUUCCAGCUGAACAAGCACUCAGUCUGCGACACAUAGCGAGUGAGGAGAUGUUACCCUCGGAGCGGCGUGAAGCUCUGGAGCAGCACAAGUCCAUUCUGAAGAAGAGCUCUCUGAGCUUGAAGGACCAAUCCAACGAUUCGCUCAACAGCGUCAAUAGUGGCGAGUGGCAACUGCGUUCCGGCUACCGAAAAUCAGCUGAUCAGCUUGAUCUGGAAUCUGGCUCCAAUGAGGAUAUGCAGACCACAACAAGUCCCUCCAAGAGAGUGCACUUGUGUGGCGAUCGUGUUGUGGACAUGUCACCCGAGGGCAAGAAGCAAUGGGAGCUGGAUCAGCUGGCAAAACCGAUUGACUUUAAGGCGGCUGCUUGCUGCAUUGAUCCCUCCCCUUUCCAGCUGGUUGAGCGCACCUCUCUACUGAGAGUGCAUUCUGUGUUCUCCAUGAUGGGCGUGAAUCAUGCUUAUGUCACUCGAAUCGGACGCCUCGUUGGCGUUGUCAGUCUCAAGGAGCUCCGCCAAGCCAUCGAGGAAAUCAACAAUCAGAGCUUUGAAGCAACUCCUCAACAACAGCAACAGCAACAGCCUGCAGAUGUGAAACCUUUGCUGGCUGCCAGCUCCGAUGAGGGCGUAAAUACCACAAUUACCUCCGGCAACUCCCUGUCCUCAGCCCUUGUCAUUGGCCAAGGCGGCCGCCCCAUUGCUCAGGAUGGUCACACACACGUCACCAUUGACCAGGUCGAGGAGCAGCCCUCAAAAACAAAAUAGAAUUACUUUCAUUUAAUAGUCGAGAAGAACCUUUAGUGUUGUUUCAAAUUGUCAGGAGCAGGACUCAAUGAACAUUUGUCUGGAAUACAAAAUGCCUCAACUAUCUAUAGAAAUGU